AAAUUAAAUGAGUCAAAUGUUAUGAAUCAUUCCACGAAAGUUGAUAUUUCACAACUUUGAUAAAACUAUAAACAGCUUAGUGGGAAAGUAUAGUGUAUUUACACAUAAUUUCUCUUCCAAAUACUCUAAUCUACCAUGAAUUUCCUUCUUGCGUACCUGAACACCACCAUAAUCGGAGUCUUUGUCACACUUCUGAUCUUUUCCUGUUAUUUGCUGAGGAGAUCCAACUCCAAUUCUACCAAGGGCCCAAAAGCACCGGAAGCUGCUGGCAAAUGGCCAGUAAUCGGCCAUCUUCCCGUCUUAGCAGGAUCCCAACUUCCUCACUUUACGUUGGGAGCCUUAGCGGACAAGUAUGGACCAGUCUUCUGCAUUCGGGUUGGCGUGUACCCAGCUUUGGUGGUCAGUAGCUGGGAGGUAGCUAAGGAAUUAUUCACCACGUAUGAUGUGGACGUAUCCUCCCGCCCAAAACUCACAACUGGAAAACUCUUGGGCCAUAACUAUGCAAAUUUCGGGUUCAGUCCUUAUGGUGCAUACUGGCGUGAAAUGCGCAAAAUAACGGCUGUAGAACUACUAUCAAACCGUAGGCUUGAUUUACUUAAACAUGUUCGAGCCACUGAAGUAGAACAUGCAUUGAAAGAGAUCUACAAGUUUUGGACCAAGGCAAGGAAUGAAUCAAGCCAUGUUUUGGUAGAGACGAAGCAAUGGUUUGGGGACCUGAAUUUGAAUGUUAUUCUGAGGAUGGUUGCUGGUAAGAGGUAUUUUGGUGCUGAUGCAGCAACAGAUGAGAAAGAAGUGAGGCGUUGCAGGAAGGCGAUGAGGGAAUUCUUUGAUUUGGCUGGCCUUUUUGUGGUGAGAGACGCUUUACCUUUUCUUGGAUGGCUUGAUAUUGGUGGAUAUGAGAAGGCCAUGAAGAAAACCUUCAAAGAACUGGACAGUCUUGUUGAGGAAUGGUUAGAGGAGCAUCGCAGGAAGAAAGAAGCUGGUGAGGUGGCUGCUAAGGAAGAGCAAGACUUCAUAGACAUGCUGCUGUCUGUUCUUAUUGAUAUUGACCUUUCCGGAUUCGAUAUUGAUACAGUCAUCAAAGCCACAUGCUUGACUAUAAUUGUAGGGGCGACUGACACCACUACUGUUAACCUGACAUGGGCACUCUCGCUAUUGCUGAACAAUCACCAUGCACUGGAUAAAGUUCAGGAAGAAUUAGACAGUGUGGUUGGCAAGGAGAGGCUAUUGAGUGAAUCAGAUGUUGAUAAGUUGGUCUAUCUCCAAGCCGUAGUGAAGGAGACGCUAAGAUUAUACCCAGCUGGACCGCUUGGAGGAGGACGCGAAUUCACUAAAGAUUGCACCAUAAGCGGCUAUUAUGUCCCCAAAGGCACCCGGCUACUGCUUAACAUUUGGAAGAUUCAAACAGACCUACAGGUAUGGUCUGAUCCAUUAGAGUUCAAGCCUGAGAGAUUUCUAACUACUCACAAGGAUAUUGAUGUUAACGGUCAACAUUUUGAGCUCAUCCCAUUUGGCGGUGGUAGAAGAGCAUGCCCUGGAAUAUUAUUUGGCUUACAAAUGACACAUUUGGCGCUGGCUAGUUUGCUACAUGCAUUUGACAUUACAACUCCUUCAAGUGCACCUGUCGACAUGACUGGAACCCCUGGAAUGACGAACAUCAGAGCAACACCACUUGAAAUUCUUGUAAAACCUCGCUUGUCACAUCAUCUCUAUGGAUAAAUAUUGUCUGAUUGAGUAUAAAGCACUUCAUGAAUUGAUAUGUAAAGUUUUGUAUGAAUGAGACAUGAAAUUUGCUAUGAAGAGAAUAAUGGAGUACCCUGUUUCUGUAAUUGUUUUGCUCUACGGGAGUUUGCCUCGUGUCGACCUCUUGGACCGCGCCUGUAAAGUUGUAUUGCAACAUUUACUUUCUCGUUC